AUUAUUAUUCAAGCCCACACCUUUUUGGGCCAGCAGUUCCUAAACAAUGAAGCCCCAAUUACAGAAAUCUGGCACCUAUUGGAGCAACUUGCCGGUGCUCAAGACUGUGCCAACGAUACUUGUUUCUUUUGUUUAUUCCAAUUUCAAAUGGCGGUAAAGCCCUCCUACCUAUCUCAAAUUUUCAUUUCCUUGUUUCGAUCCAAUUCCUCCAUUCACAAACCCUAAUUCCUCCUUUCCUUGAUUUAUUUUCCAUAUUCUUGCUUCAGUUUUCUGAGUUUUUCUCCCAUGGAAUGUAAUUUAGUUCGUUUCUCAUUUUACUCUAGUUAUUUGUAUCUUCUUCGUAAAGCCUAAGCUUUCUGUGACUAGCUGAAAUCGGACACCAAGAGUUCCAAAUCUUCUGGAAAAUGACUUCUUUAGCUUCGUGCCGAGAGAAAUAACCGAAACCAUCUACAGUUUUACUUGCACAUGUUGAAGUUUUGUGGGAUGGGUAAACAUGGGUUUACUGCUGUCAUCUUCAUUUUCCUACUUGUUUCAAACACUUGUAAUGCUUCUUUAGUUUUUCAUCUCCGGAAAUUGAUUAGCAGUGAAUUCAACAAUGCUUCCGCCAAUUCACAGGUUUCGCCCACGGGAAGUCCGGUUGACGAAUCGAAUACAAAUCCGGUGAAUGCAGGCAAGUCUCGGGAAGAGAAGCACAAAGAAGCUGAGAUGGGCAGUCCAAAUAAUGACAAGACAUUGCCAAUUGAUUCAAAUGGCUUAAAGAAAAAUAACAAUACUACUGAAAAUCCUGGUGCUCCAAGCCCGCCUGCAGGUGAGAAGAACGGCAAUUUAGUUGAUAGAGGAAAUGGGAAGGCGGACAGUACGACCACACCGAAGUUGGGCAACAAUGGCAUUUGUGAGGGAUCAAUGACAAGGUGCAGGGUCCAAGAGAUGCUUGUCUGUAUUGAACCCUCAAAAGAUAGUGGGACCAAACAAUUGUUCCUUGUGGUGCAAAAUAAAGGGGAAAGUACUUUGAAGGUGAAUAUCAAUUUGCCUAAUCUGGACAAUGCUUUGCCUGCUUUUGAAGUAUCCAAACACAAAACUAGGCAGAUGGAUAUAUCGUCAAUUGUGGGCAAGAACAGUGAACUGAUAGUGAAUUCUGGAAAUGCAAAGUGUGAGCUUCACUUGGUUAAUCCUGUUUCUGUAGACAACCUUAUGCGACAGCUCACUUUCUACUCUAAGCAAGUGACCCCAAUCUAUGCUGUGUAUGCCUCCUUUCUUUUGGUGUUGCUCUUUGGAGGGACAUGGGCUUGUUGCAAAUUCAGAAAGAGAAACCGGCAGGAUGGAAUUCCAUAUCAGGAACUAGAAAUGGGUUUACCGGAAACUGCUUCUGCUGUCAAUGUAGAUGUGGCAGAAGGUUGGGAUCAUGACUGGGAUGAUGAUUGGGAUGAGGACACUGCAGUAAAAUCACCUACAGGGCCCCAAGUUAGGAACUUCUCCGCUGAUGGGCUCACUGCUAGGUCUGCAAAGAAAGAUUGAUGGGAAAAAGACCAGGAAAAUUAAGAAUGCAUGUUCCACGAUGGGGAUUGAGCAAACGUCCAAGAGAAAGACUGGGAAAUAGCAAAUGUCAGAAGCACUUUGUAUGAUAUAUAUCCUUCUCCUAUUUGUAUACCUGAUAAGAAAAUGUAACUGCUUUAUUACAUAGGAUUUUUUCUGCCGAUCAAAAUUUAUACUAGAAAAGUUUUGGGUUGAUAGGAUUGCAACAGUGAUUCAUUUGUAAAAUACACGUCAAAAUUGUAGAUUUUCCAGAUAGUGUUGGCAGCUAGAUUUGAUGAAUGUGGAAUGAGUUCGUCUUUUGACUAA